AUGGGCGGAGACGAGAAACAUCUCAGCGAGGAGGAUCAGAAGAUCCUCGACGAGGCGAAAGCCAACAGAGAUAACCCGGACCAUCCCGCCCACAAGGAUCAUCCCGAUCAUAAGCACUAUGUCGGGGACCUGGUCAAGCGAUUCGGCCAUUCUGUCAUCUUUGGCGCCGGUGCGACUGUUGGAAGCAAUAUUGUGAAUGGAAUCUUUCAUUAG